AUGGCGCGGCCUGGGGCGCCCUUGGAGGGCAGCGGCGGGCUGGGGGCGCGGGCUGCGAGCUCCCGGCUGCGGCGGCAGCCUCUCUACGGCCGGGCUCCGGGCGCGGCUGCGGGCAGCUGGGCAGGCUCGGGCGGCCCCGCGGUGGCAGACGCGGCUACUGCGGCGCAGCUCUCGCAGCCUCCCAGCUCCGGCGCGAGGGCGGGGCCGGCUCGCUCACCCCCGGGACGGGGCGGGGCCGGCGGCGGGGCGGGGCGGGGCGCCGCGCGGACCCUGCCCUCGCCCCCAGGCCGGGCGCGCGGAGGAGCUCGCCCGGGAAGGCCCAGCCGGCUGAGGGCGGGUCGUCUCUCGGGGCCGCCUGGAUUUUCCAGUUCUGAAUUCGCUCCCAACCGGUUCGCGUCCGGGCCCAGUGCUGCAGAGUCUGGACUAGAAGAUGCAUUCUGCUACCUCGAUUCAUUCGGAUGGUUCCCAAAGCUAUAUUGGCGGCAGCUUAAAUCCAAGUUGUCACUAAAGGAAGGACUACUGCAGAGUUUUGCUUAUACCAUUAACCAGAUUAGUGGUCUCUGUCUCCAUAUUACAAAGCAACAAAAUUUUGAAAACUGGAAGGUAAGAAGUGUGGGCAGUGAUGCAGCAGACACAGGAAGACUGAAUCCCAAGUCAGCAAUGAGGAAAUUUGAGAAACCAACCAGAAUCCCACAAAGGCUUAGGAACUGGUGGCAACAGGUAGCUCUGGAACUGAGGUGGAGCACGCUAAAACCAGAAGUGGUUCAAAGUCAAUUUAGGAAGCAAUUCAACAUCCAGACCCCUCCCGUCUCGGGCUGUACAGGAAACUGGGAGAUUAAGUGGGCAGACACUGAGACCCACCGCUCUUUCCCAGGGGGCUCCCACAAUCCAGGCAGCCAGAGUUAAAUCCUUUGGGCACCUAGAAGAGUCCUGUCUGGGGAAUUUGAUCUCCCCAACAGGAAAAACUUAAAGGCACUACUGUGGGGUUCCUCCAACCAAACAGCCCAGCCAGAGCACUUAGCGGAGCCUCCAGUCGAUAACCCUCUAGGUUUAGCACCUCCGAUUAGCUUUUUAGCUCUGUUCUUAAAUAUGACCAGAUAGGGUGUGCCUGACACUAAGGAACGCCUCUCACAUGAAAUAUAGAGACAAA